AUGCUGUUGUUUGUUGUCGAUGGACGACGUUCCCUUUCCUGCAGAGACGAGGCACUCAACACCAAAGGGCAACUGCAAUUUAACAAGAAGCUAAAAUCCAGGAAGGGACGUGAGAGGGGUCCGCAAAGGCAGAUCAGACGCACACCUGUGGACGAUGGUGGACGUUUGAUGCUGGUCGAGCGUCGACGGUCGGUAUUCCUUUUCCGCCCUUGUGAGGCAAAAGUGAGGACGCGGUUUGCACGUGGCGAUGCUGGCAGCGAACUGUCUGACGCGCGAACUGAAGGCGUCCCUGGCCGUGUUCUGUCCAGGAGCAGGCAGAGACAGCGAUCUCAGAGGGCACCCUCAAAGAAACACGGGCAGCAGAGAGAUAGGACAGCCGAAGAGAAAGGAGUGAGAGAGGACACCAGGUCAUCCAGCACGCGGGCGGCGGCGGAUACGCUGUCACUGUACGCCGUACGGGCAAAAAUACAGCGCAUUACGCCGGCUUCUGCGGUCCUGGCGAGGUAUUGGUGCCUUAAUUACCAGUAUUCGCAGUUUCAUGGUACUGCGGAUGAAAUGAUAAAUCAAUUGGCUAUGAGAUCUUCUCUGCGACUUCGACAAGCAAUCAAUUUAUUUUCCUUCCAGACAAACUCGAGUUACAGUUACUAUGGGAUGAAACCGGCCGCGUGUGCUGCCGGAGCUAGUAGAUCACCAUCAAUAUUUAUAAUGACUCGUUUCUCUGCUGCCUGGUCAUCUGUCGCUGCAGACGUAAUCAAUAUUGGAAGCCUGCUAGUAGUAGCAUUGAUUAACCCCUCAUCCCCUCAUUCAGUAUUAGUAGUACAUACAGACGUACUGUACACGGGAUGA